AGAAUCCAUGAGCCUCUGAACACCUCCAAUGAGACCCGUUAUGGUAAUUGCUUCUGAAAGUAUGUUGUGCGCUCUCUCGACUAGAGAGUUCAGAAAAAUAUAGCCUUCCCAGCGGGACACGCAGUCGUCUGUGCCGGGACCACGCUAGUGAGUCAUCCCUCUACAACGAGACCACCACGACUUCGGCAACAUGGCUCCCAAGAAAGCACCACCAGCGAAGGCGAAAGCCGCCGCAUCGGCGAAAAGCAAGGCGAUGAAAGCAGCUCCGCCCCCGGCACCAGCCAUGAAGAAGGCGUCCUCGAGCGCGAAAGCCAAGGCGAAACCACCUGCGCCAAAGGGCAAGGCAAAAGCAAAGGCCGCAUCGUCGAAAAAGGUAUUCUUGAGUAGAUUCACCGUCAUUGAUUUUUUCAAAAGCAGCGAGACCAAUCAAAGUGCUGGUCUCCUAACCUACCUCGUCGCAUGAAAGGAAAAUGGCCUGCAGAAUUCAAAAAUGUACACUGAAAACUCGCAGGCACCGGUCGUGGAAGAAGAAGAUGAGGAGGACGAGGAUGAAGAGGAUGACGACGACGAAGAUGAAGACGAUGACGAGCCUAUGGAAGACGCAGAUCAAGAUGAGGACGACGAAGAUGAAGAUGAGGAGGAAGGUAUAAUGUUUUCAUUCAACAUUAAUACGCCUGGUUUCGUGAACUAGCAGUGUCUUGUAGUUUUCUGAAAAGGGCAUGACAGAAAAAAAAAGAGCUGUUGUGUUGGGCAUUGUGAUGCAGUGCGUUCCAUUAGAAUGAAACGACGAAAUGAACACUACAGAAGACGACGAGGACGAGGAUGAUGAAGACGAAGACCCAGAAGCAAAAAGGAGAAAAAAGGACGACGUACGAUACGAGUUUUGUUUUCGCAAAUUUACUCGUGCUGUUAGUUUGUUUAGGUAUCGAAGAUGCGAAACCCACUGUGUCAUCCUCAACAUCGUUCCAUGUUUAACAUAGAGAAAAUCGUAAUCUUAAUGAACAGGACGCAAAAAGGGAGUAUCGCGGGCUUCGAGACAACUUGGACGACCUGGACCUUCUGGGUGAAGACGCGGCAAAAAAGCACGAGGCGGCACAGGCGGAGUUCGAAGAGUUCGAGCACGACGCGGAUGCACUGGUGCAGGGUGCGCAAAAGGCGGGUAUCAAACACGGUCACGAGCAAGCCUUCGACGCCAAUUUGCUCGGGCAGUUCGAACAGGAUCAGGAAAUUCUGGACGUAAUUGCGGAAAAUCUCGGAGACCAGAUACACCUGUAUACCAUUUAUUAUUUUACGCUCUUUUUUAUAGAAAUUUCGAUGCUGUAGUACAAUCAAGUGAUUUCUAUGAAUAUGUGGUGUGCGUUGUCAACUCCUUGUCGUGUUUCUGCUUCUGCAUGACCAUCGUCUAUCUUCCGGCAUAAGUUUUUUAAAUUUUGAUUGAAAAUAACAACUAACAGGGUGAAGCCGGCUCGUAAGGACGAGGACCAAGAGGAGGAAAUCGGGCCCGAAGAGAAGGGGGAUAUGGACAAGAACAUCACGUAUCUCUUCAUCGAGCCGACCGAGUUAGAGAGCGGGUUCGCCAAGACGGUCGCUGUUUACGAUCAGAUCAACCGAUUUUGGAGGUUCAAGACCGACGCGCAGAGUGUCCGAGAGGUCGAAAUGGGACAAGUGCAAGGUGCAAAGAUCGUCGAAAUGGGCAUCGAAGAUUACAAAGAGGAUCUUCGCGACCGGGCCGAGCAGCGUAGGCUGAACCGACGAGGGUCCGACCAAAACCGCGUCCCACGCGUACCCGGUGCACCGAAGGAACCCCGUGUGAAACGCGCGGACCGGGAGCCCAAAGAACCGCGUGCCCCAAAGAAGGAGGUCGUGAUAUCGGACGUCGCAGGUAUUGUUCAUUACACAGACGUCCAGACCAUUUUUGUUUCAAUUUGUACCAAUCUCAAGGUUUCUGCUGCGUAUUGUGCAAGACCAUAACGUGUUGGAGCAGAAGGAGUAGACAAGAUUUUAUGCAAAGGAGCAAAAACUACCUUCUUGACAAACAAAAACCACAGACGUGUCCGCACUGAUGGAAGAACUGAAGAUAAAUCCUCUGAAAUACGGUAAGUUGGACGAGAAUUUGCAGCAGCAGGUGCUAGCAAGAGACCCCAACAUCGAGAUCGCAUUUAAGCAGAAGGAAAUGGAGUCCGGCAGAAGGCAAGCCUUCGAAAAGUUGCAAGGCAGCAAGAUUGGCAGCAUGUUCUUGGAGAAGUUCAAAAUGUUUCAAGAGCUCGCUUAUUUGCGGUCGAAGGACCUCACCGGCAAAAGAGAAGGAGAGACGCAGUGGUCGGGUCCGGUAUCGCCGGAUCAGCCCAUGACGAAAGAGGGAUUCGCAGCAGGAAAGUCGCAGCUCGACGGCGUGAAGGCGGAAGUCAACCGCAUCAAGGUUAGCGUAGCUGCAUCCGAGGAGAACAAGGACGACACCGAGGCAAUAAACAAAAAGGUGAACGAAAAGAUCGCGCAGCUCGAUAAAGAGCGUCAGAGCAAGAUAGAAAGUCUCACCAAGAGGCUCACGGCCGCGCAGCAACACGUCAAGAUCGAUAUGCGGCACUGGCGACUGAUGAGGCCAGACCCCGGGUACGAUCCGGACAAAAAGGACGACGGCCUCGAUCCGGAAAAGAGGGGCAAGACAGGCUUAUGAAGAUGAAAGACGCACGCUUCCCUUGCUAGAACUUGCUUGAACUUCCUUCACAUAAUGGAACGGACCUCCACUCAGUGUCUUUCUUAGUGGUCUUACUACUGUUAAACUGGUCAUGACUUGGAUAAGGACCAAGAAACAAAAUCGAUCCCCCACGUGACUGUUUGUCUCCAUGGUGACAGUGCCCUGACACCAGCACAUCUUCACACUGCUAUAGAGGCGGGCGCAGAUCACGAACUCUCGCUGGAGUUUAUUCGCACUCAUCCGCAAGAACUUCAUUGCACCUUGUCCUACUAGGAGACAAAAGGCACCAGCCAAAAAUGGCAGAAACAGUAUGUAUGCAAAGAAAUCUAGCGGGGCGGUUGCGCUUUUCACCAGGAUGCAACUGGGAGGACGUGGAUGACGAGCCAAACGAGGCGCUGAGAAAAAGGGCAAUCAGGCGGCACCAAACCAGACCCCAUCCGGAGGAGUUAUUCAAGAACCUGUCUCCCGAUGAGAUGAUACACCAGAAGUUGACGUUUAUCGGAGUGGAAGCAAACGCGAGGCGUGUCGCGAUGGAGGAGCUCGGGCGCCGGCACAAGCUAGGAAAAGCGAUUCGGAGUAUAGUUUAGUUUUGUCAACAACCAGUUCAUCUUUUUUGUACUGUCCUCACAUUCGCCUUCGCAUGAACACUGAUGAAAAUACAGUGAAUUGCACUGAUGGAUUGCUUGAGCACGAAGAUUUCCCUUUUUUGCACGACAACAGAUAAAGACACGACCGCGACGCACAAAGUUUUUGGGACGCAAAUCAAAACCUUUCCGGGGCGCGUGGAGGCACGUGUGGCCCACACGCUGGCCGGUAUGGCCACGGUGUACCCGGAGGAGACUCACGUGGACAACCAGCAGAUCGUGCGCUUGGAAGAUGACCGGUUCAUGGGCCCCACGCUGAAGGCCCGGGCGACGAUGGCGAUGCGGUACAACCUGCUGAUGGGCGGAAAUGUCUCGUACACGGGGAAGGGGCUGGAAGACGUCCGCGUUUUGCAGCCGGUGCUCCCCAUGGACGAGGCGGGCCGCAGCAUGGCGUUCGAAGGAGGCUUAACGGCCGCGGGCGGUUUCACGCAGGCCGUCGCCGAUCAUGGCGGCUUCACCGAAAUGGGGGGCGGCAUGAGUGUGGUGGACGACAUGAUGGGAGGUGGCGGUGGCAUGACCGUGCACGGCAUGGACGUGGAUCAAGGCGACAGCGACGAGGACGAAGAUGCGAAGGCUAGAAACGAGAAGUUCGCGCUUUACUAAAUAAUGGCGAAUAUGAACCUCGGCUACCGCUGGUGCCACAACCUCCCUGUUAGUCUGCCGGCGGUGUUGAUCACUGAUUCUGGCGGUUCGAAAUUUAUUCCACGCAGUUCUUGAAGUUUUUCUGCGGUGCGACUUUUUCAACUGCUUGUACGUGCGCUUCAUCCCUGCUGUGCCAACCGCGGGGUCCAAAGCUGACAAAUCAUAUCACAUGUCCAUAUGUAUCAUCGACGAACGAAGAAACAAGAAAAAUAAACUUCAAGAACGACA